GGCGUCUGCCGCGGGGAGGCCGCCCCGGGAUCAGCCUUCUUGGCCUCCACAUUGAACUUCUUCGACGUUAAUUAAAACGCACGGAAGUGCAGGUGCGGGCGGCCGGGCCCCUGCACGGCUGCGGGGAGGACGCGCGGAGCCCUCCCUGCGGCCGCUCCACCCGGUGGCCGCCUCCGUUCAAGCGCCCGUGGCCCAAUUUAAGGGUUGGGAGUCGUGCCAUUUUUAGGGAUCGCCCAAGUGUGGGGGCCCCAUGGCCCCGCGGGGAGGAGCCCCCCGGCUGGUGCUGCUGUUCAGCGGGAAGAGGAAAUCCGGGAAGGACUUCGUGACCGAGGCGCUGCAGAGCAGACUCGGCGCGGACGUCUGUGCUGUCCUCCGGCUCUCCGGUCCCCUCAAGGAGCAGUAUGCCCAGGAACACGGCCUGAACUUCCAGAGACUCCUGGAUGCCAGCGCCUACAAGGAGGCCUAUCGGCGGGACAUGAUCCUCUGGGGAGAGGCGCAGCGCCAGGCUGACCCCGGCUUCUUCUGCAGGAAGGUCGUGGAGGGCGUCUGCCAGCCGGUCUGGGUAAGGGUGCCGAGGGGCAGCAUUGAGGAAACUCCGUGUCUCCAGGCCUCGCCUUUCCCCGAAUGAGACUCAGAUGUGCCCAUUUCUCUCUUCUCACUGCCGCCUCCCAUGGCCCAAGCCCUCACCAUCUCUCCCCUGGACACCCUCGUAGCCCACACUGGUCUCGGCAUCAGCGCUUGUCCCCUGUG